GACUCAGAACUUUGCAACGGUCGACCGUUCUCAUUCCUCCCCAUCUCCGAAGAUCAGAAUCCGAGAGAGCAAGAUCUAUCUCCAAAAUGACGUCGUUUAAGAAACUGGAUCAUCGACAGAGCGCUGUGACACUUCAAGAGAGAAGCAAAAUGUUGGCUGCUAAGCCAAAAUUCAGCGUAGGACAAAAUCGGGUGGGAAAAGACAACUGGACACGCUCUAGUGCAGUUGGUGUUGCAAGUUUUAAGGUUUAUACAGAAAGUGACACUGCUAAAGCUGAUGCCGGGAGCAGUUUCAGGACUUAUGCAGCAGUUAACAAAGUAUCAACACAGGAGAAUACAGCUGCUUUAAAGGCUGGUUUGAAAAGUAUGGAGAAGCGAAAAGGCAUACUUGGUAACUCGGCAGCAAAUGCAAAUGUUGGAAGAAGAGCAUUGGCCGAUGUCAGCAAUGUCAAAAGCAAUUCUUCUAGGAUUGUAGGGGGUGAUGCCUCUAAAAAAAUGACUGGUAAAAGUGAGAGAAUUAAAUCUUUGCAGCGGGUUUCAGUGGGUACAGGCGUUAGGACUUUGAAUUUAUCAUCAAGGAGAUCCUUCCUGGGAAAAGGGCGAGAAAGCCCUAGCCAAGCUACUUCUAAGUUACAGACUUCCAAGAGAGGUAUUAAAGACUUGAAGGCCCCUUCAGAGAAUCAAGGGACCAAGGCUAUUGGUCUAAACCGUGAGUCUGAUGUUACCUAUGGCAGGAGCACUUCUUAUACUUCGUUUAAGCUGCUAAGGAAAUCUCUGCCAGUGCUAAAGGUCAACCCUGAACAAGCAAGUAUUCCAAAGGACAAUGCUGGUACUUCUGAAAAUUCUGGAAGGAAAAGUGAGUGUAAUGUUAAGGUUAAAGUUGGCAAGAAAGUAGCAUCUAGAGUAAACGCUAAUGCUAGGAGCCAUCUGUUGAGGAAUCGAGUGAGUGAUGGCUUUGUGAUUAUGGGUCAACGCAAUUCAAAUGCUCGUGUAUUGCCAAGAAAUUCUGUCAGGCCAACUUUGUCCACACUGAAGGCGCAUGAGUCGCAAAGGACUUUGAAAUCCAAGGGUGCAUCAGGUCCAAACAAAUUAGUUUCUGCUGCUGCAACUUCAUCCAAAACUGAAAAAGUCAUUACGGCUUUCCUUCCUGAUAAUGUUAAGCAUGAAGCCACUCAGGUAGAGCUCCCAUCUGAAGAAAACAGCAGACAGAGUGCUUCAACUAUCAUUUCCAGGAGAAAGUCAAAUAGGAGGAGAUCUUACACAUCUCUACUUAUGACCGGAUCAAAGUUACUAGAGGAACGUGUUGAAGCUAUGAAGGAGGAAGAACUACCAAGCAUUGAUGAUGAUUGCAAUCAACUGGAAGUUUCCGAUUAUGUUGAUGAGAUCUAUCAGUAUUACUGGGUUUCUGAGGCACAGAAUCCACCUCCAGAAAAUUUGUUGUCGAUUCAGGCAGACAUUACUCCUCAUAUGCGAGGCAUAUUGGUCAACUGGUUAAUUGAAGUACACCACAAAUUUGAGUUAAUGCAAGAAACUCUUUAUCUCAUGGUGACAUUGCUCGACCAAUAUCUUUCUCAAGUAACAGUUAAGAAGGAUGACAUGCAGUUAGUUGGUCUCACUGCUCUGUUGGCAUCAAAGUAUGAGGACUUUUGGCAUCCGAGGGUCAAAGAUUUAAUUAGCAUCUCAGCUGAGACGUACACAAGAGCACAGGUGCUUGGAAUGGAGAAAGCUUUUCUUAAAAAGUUGAAGUUUCGUCUUAAUGCACCUACUCCAUAUGUCUUCAUGUUAAGAUUUCUCAAGGCUGCUCAGUCGGAAACAAAGCUUGAACAUCUGGCAUUCUACCUCAUCGAGUUGUGCUUAGUUGAAUAUGAAGCUUUAAGGUUCAAGCCCUCGCUGCUGUGUGCAGCAGCGCUAUAUGUCGCAAGGUGCACCCUGCAGAUUACUCCGGCUUGGACUCCACUGCUCUGCAAACAUGCUCGCUAUGAAGUAUCCCAAAUCAGAGACUGUGCAGAGUUGAUCUUAAGAUUUCACAAAGCUGCCAGAGUGGGACGUUUGAAGGUCACAUACGAGAAGUACUCUAGCCCUGAUCUCAGUGGUGUUGCAGCGAUAAAACCCUUGGACGCACUUCCACUCUGAUUGAGCUCAGAGGAGUGAAGAUAACAAUGCUAACAAUUCGAGAGAUAUGGACUUCAGCAUCAUCUAGUAGACAUGUUUUCCCCUACUGUUGUUGAAGCCUGUGUGGUAGGACAAAAUUCUGCUUGUAUAUCGUACUCAUCUUACCCGAUUUAGGGCAUCCAUCAAGUUUGUCUUAAAGAAGCCAUCUUCUGUAGCGCUCCUACUGAUGGCAUCGGUCUACUCUAGGGUUUUCUGGAUUGUAAAAUCUUUGUUCACUUGGUACCGCAGUUCACAUCGGUAUGUUGUGUUGCACGCGUUGAUGUUACGAGCUCACAGGAGUGUUAACAAUAUGUAGUUGCUAAGAAAUUAUGAUGUGAGAACUGAACAUUGUUGUUGUAACAACUAUUGUUGUGUGAAUCUAGUUUCUUGUUAAUGGUACGUACCAUAUUGCAUUGAUCAA